AAAACCAAUGAGGGCGCAAUUUACAAAACAAAAUCCGGCAACGGGGCCGGCCGGUUAAGUUGUGUAAAUGUUCAACUAGCCUAGACAAAAUGCCCCUAAAAUAUAAAGAUGGUUCGUGCGUUUGUACCAAGAAGAGCAAAGUUGAGGAUUUAGAGAAGGUCAUCUACUUGAGGUUUGGGGAUUCCAGUAAGUGGCUUCAGAGUCAGCCGUUGCGUUGCUGUCCUCUGCCAGGUUUGCUGUAUGUGGACCAGAGAGAGUUUGCAGUGACGACAGUGGCUGACGAUGUAAUUGACACUCUCGGUUCUGACGAUGCAACAACCUGCCAUAUUGCUGUCUUGAGGCAUUCAGGUAGUGGUGCCACAGGCUUAUGUCACUUUGAUAGUUGUGGUACAAGCCAAGGAGUGGGAGAUCUGGUGGACAGAGUGAGUGCACUCAGCCAAGAUGUCGACGGACGCUUGGAGCUUCACAUCGUUGGCGGCUUCAAAGACGAUGAUGGGUCAUCAGAGGAACUCUCCAGAAAAUUACUGAGUGAAUUUCAUAAACUACCGGUGGAUGUGUACUUAUUGACAGCCUGCAUCUCUGGUUUGAACAACAUUGUCAAGAAUGGAGUGAACCAUCCCAUUCUUUAUGGUGUAGGUGUAUCAGUCAAGACGGGGGAAAUUUUCCCUGCAACGUUUGCCUACAAAGGACCAGACAAGCAAGUCCGCGGUCUCCGGCAUUUUAUUGGUGAUGAGAAAGUUAUAAACAUCUACAAUCACACUGAUCAUCGGCUAAGAAUCAGUCCAUAUAGCUACAGACACACUGACUUCCCUCAUGCUGCGUUCUUUCUGCAACAGAGCGACCAGACCAUCAGGCAGUACUUGUCCACCUCCCCGGAUGUGGAACCCCAACAUUUUGCUCAGCAAGUCAAAGCUGCCAUUGCUUUCUUCUUGAGUCAUCCUUCCUCCGAGUUGGUCUUCCCUGGCGGAGAAAGUCGCUACUUCAGGAUGGGACAGGACGGCCUCUGGCUACCCGAUAAGGGUUAACUGUCUGUGUAUGGUGAGCCCGAUACCUAGGAUCAAAAAUACACCUCACAUGUGACCAGCUCCCACAAAACCUGGACAAAGUUGAUGGUUUUUUCUAAGUUUUAGGCAUUUCAAAUUCCUGAAGUUUCAGCUUCAAAAUGAUGUACGAUUUAUUUCUUAUUUUAACUGGGCAGCCCAUUCAAUGGAAUCCACUGGUCUCGCUUGGGACCCAGUAAAUAGACGCCAAUCAUGACAAUGUGAAAAAAUUACAGUUUCAGACGGAGGAAAACCAACGGAAUCAGGCAGGGACUGAAAACCCAAUCCACAUAUUGGCCAAGGCGGGAUUCAAACCCGGGUCACAGCGGUGGAAGGCGAGGAAAGUACUGCUAUGUCAAUCUGACUCCCCUGAUUCAACUUCCCCCAUUGAUCUCCAUAGGUACUGUGACCCUAUCAUCCCUUGAUGAAAACCCGAAAACCCAAUUAUGAGAUAAGCGUGCGUUUUGAAAUGCUUUUUGUAUCAAUUUCUAUAAUAACUUUUUUCACUAGAUUGACCAAAAAACCCUCCACACUUCUGCUUGAUGGAAUACAUGAAUAUUCAUAUUUUAGGAGGUCAUAGAUUUAAAAUUACUGAUUCAGAAAAUCUCAAAACCUAAAAAUGGUCAGUUCCAUCCCAAAACGACUUCGCUUGCCCUUUGUGCGAAAAAAACAACGUUCAGCAACUUUGUCUGGGUUUUGUUAGAGCAGGUCUGAAAUGUUGACUACAUUUUUUUAUGUUGUCUAUUUGAAGCAAAUGACUCCAUGCUACAAGAUUUAACAUCAAUUCAUAUGAGCAUUUCAUUUUGAUCUGCGCAAACAACGCAACGCAAAUGCAUGCGUUUGACUUGCGCCUUGCGUUUAGAGUACAUUAUUUGAACUGCAGCCCAUCUAAUUUCAUUAUGGUCUACAAACUCACACAUGAAUUCAAAAUGCGUGUGUUCACGGCUUCAAAUUAUCUCCGCGCGUAAGAGUGAGGAGUUAGCGCUCCAGUCGCUUAGUAUAGCUCUGUGGUCCAUACCAUUGUAAAAUAAAUUUGAGAAUACAAAAUGUUCAUAGUGAAAUCAAUCCGAGUCCAACUGGUGCAAAUUUUCAGCACAGAGUCUUUUUUUAAAUCCUGCAACUUUGCAGUCACUCUGUAGCCGAGUAUGAACCAGUCAUGGGGCCGUUCAAGAAAAUGUCAUCUGCACAAAUGUUGCACGCACAAAAUCAUUUGAUAUUAUACAAAUAACGAAUGUUUGUGAGUGCGAUGGUAAGAAUAAUUUCAUGAGGUGACAGAUUGAAUGUUCUAUUCCACGAGGCGAACA